AGUCUGGCUUGAGUUCUUGCCGCGAACGGUCCUAUAUUCUCCGAUACCUGACACUGGCCAAUAGAUAUUCCUCCGCGAUCUCUAUAUAUUUAUCAUCAGGUGGAACGCUAGGCUAUCGAAGCAGCAGCAGCAGCAACGCAACGAGCAAAAGGCUUUGGAAUCAGGCGACAUGAGCAGGACACUGGAGAUCACCAGCAUUAAGCUGGACAAGACUAUGGACAAGAAUCUGGAGAAGCAGCAGGAGGCUGCCACCGGCGAUGAGGAGAACGGCGGCGGUGCGGUGAAGCGGCGCGGUCACGAGACCAGCGCUUUGGAGGCGGCCACCCAUCUGUUCAAGGGCAGCGUCGGUGCUGGGCUUUUCGCCAUGGGAGAUUGCUUUAAGAACGGUGGCUUGGCUGGUGCCACCAUCCUGCUGCCCAUCAUAGCCGUGAUGUGCGUCCACUGCGAACGGAUGCUUAUACGCGGCUCCGUGCUGGCCGUGGAGCGAACGCCGGGCGUGGAUUUCCUGGAUUAUCCGGAGACUGUGGAGAAGUGUUUUGAGUAUGGGCCAAGGCCACUUCGCCGGAUGUCGCGCUUCAUGAAGCUAGUGGUGGAGAUGUUCCUCUGCGUCACCCAGUUUGGAUUCUGCGCCAUCUACUUUGUGUUUAUCACGGAGAACCUGCAUCAGGUUCUCCAGCAGAAUGGCAUUGACAUUAGCAUGAGCAUGGUUAUGCUGAUCACCCUGCUCCCUGCGAUGAUACCCUCGCUGAUGACCAACCUCAAGUACAUUUCGCCAGUGUCCGCCUUUGCCAAUGUGGCCCUCCUCUUUGGCCUGAUCUCUACUUUAACGAUUGCCUUCUCGGAUGGCCCCAUGCCCUCCAUCGCCGAGAGGCAUCUCUUUACCAGCGCCUCCCAGCUGUCGCUCUUCUUUGGCACCGCUCUGUUCUCGUACGAGGGCAUUGCCCUAAUCCUGCCGCUGCGGAACUCAAUGCGCAAGCCGGAGAACUUUAGCAGCCGGUUUGGUGUCCUCAACUCCACCAUGUUCUUCACCACGGCCCUGUUCAUCUUCACGGGAUUCGUGAGCUAUGUGCGAUGGGGCGAGGAUGUGGCCGGAAGCAUAACGUUGAAUCUGGUGGUGGAGGAAGUUUUCUCGCAGGUGGUGAAAAUUGUAGCUGCUCUGGGCGUCUUCUUGGGCUAUCCCAUUCAGUUCUUUGUGAUGAUGAAGAUCCUUUGGCCGCCACUGAAGCGGUCCAACAAUUGUGCCCAGAAAUAUCCCAUAACCAUGCAGGUGUGCCUGCGAUUUGUAAUGGUGAUGAUGACAUUUGGCGUGGCGCUGGUCGUUCCCAAGCUAAAUCUGUUCAUCUCGCUUAUUGGGGCCCUGUGCUCCACCUGCCUGGCCUUUGUGAUCCCGGUGCUGAUCGACUUCGUGAUCCGGGCCCAGGUGCCCAAGGGACUGGGCGUGUUCGCGUACAUCAAGAACAUCCUCAUCCUGACGGUGGCCGUGCUGGGAAUUGUGACCGGCACGUACCAGUCGAUCGUGGAGAUCGUCAAGGAGUUCAAAUAGGCUUAGGAUAUGGCGGGUAUCUCUCUCAUUGUUUCGUCUGUAAAUAAUGCUGUUUUUGUCACCGAAUACUUACUGUAUGUGAAGGCGUUGCCACGCUCUACUGUUAGUUUUUAAGUCUAGUUUGUACUUUAUAUUGUGUAUUUUUCCAUUCCUAUUUUUUUUUUUGCAUUUUUUUUUUUCAGUUUGUUGUUGCUAGUUUUUAAGCUGUGCAUUUGUUUGUGUAUUGAAAAUUGUGAAAAAAGAGAAUAAGUAAGAUUCUGCAAACGAAAACAAAAAAACAAUUUUAAUAAAUGAUUACAAAACUGGGCAUUAAUAGAAUAAUUUGUGUAAUAUUUAAAAGUAAAUUAUAUAUUGUUUAAUUGUUAUAACAAAUAGCUGUAAUUAAACCCACAAAGCUUGCUAUUAAUUAAGUUUUUAAACUCACAAAUUCAAUGAAAAGAAAAUAUUUUUUAACAUUCACACAUACUCUACAUUCUUGCUUUUAUUUUAGUUUAGUUUUUAGUUUAUUAAAUUUUACAUUAAAUUUAAAAACAACAAAAUGUCUAAGCUAAAAAGAAUGUGCUUCAAGGAAGAAUGCCUGGCUUAUGAGUAUUAUAAUAAAAAAUAAAAUUUUAACCAAGAAA